AAAUCUGGAAUAAUCAUCUUAGCUUUAAAACAACAUCGCAGAACAAUGUUAAAGGAUUCUCAGCUAGGCUUUUAAAGGUAAAAAACCCUUGAAAUGUCUGCUUAUUUGCAGCUUGUGUGCGACAAAAUGGCUUAAUAUUAUUGGUGUCCUGGUCCGCUUAACAGAGGUGUCUAAUGAAUGCAGGUUUAUUUUACAGUAAAUGUGGGAAGAAUAAUGUGGGUCCACUUAAGACAGGUUUCACUGUAAAUCAAAAGGUGCAUACAGCAGACAACUGUUGAUGAAAUGAAACAUUGAAGAUCGCUUUGUCUAAAAAAUUGAUUGACUAAUGCUUAUUUUUUGGAGGGGCGGAGGAGACGCAGGAGGGGCUAGGCUCGAAGAGUUGUCUAUUUUACCCAAGAGUCCCUUCGGCGAGUCGUCAAUACCCAAUGGAAUGCUGGGACUGUGGUUACAUAAUUGCAAACAUGGCGGGCGAACCGAAUAUUCCUGGUUCCUUGCGAACUGAGUUCUGAGUUUUUUUUUUAUCGCUGAAACUUUUUAUUUUUCGGCGAAAAUUUGACUUAAUAGUUGUUGCAAACUAAAGCUCGUCUUUUGGAGCAGCUUAGAGGUCACUGUCCUCAGAAAUUCGAUGUUUUCUGCUGUCGCUCAGUCGACGAAACGGCUGGUUCGUUUCCGAUAUGGUUUUGUCGACAUCCAAAACGUUAAAACUCUAAGAAGAGCCUGCUUUAGUAAUGGAGUGAGGUCUGAUGAAGGACCUUUACUUUUGUACAAGUCCUAUUUAGAAAAACAAUUACUGAAGCCAGACGAGUCACAGUCGAAAGUCGUUUAUCAGCUGCAGGGUUUGUACGAGCGACUGAAGGAUUAUGAUCCCCAACAGAAAUCAAAUAACCAACUGCCUGCACCUCAGGGGCUUUAUCUCCAUGGAGGAGUGGGAAGUGGAAAAACAAUGUUGAUGGACAUCUUCUUUGACAGUAUUCAGGUUCAAAACAAGAAGCGUGUUCAUUUCUAUUCCUUUAUGCUUCAGUUGUAUUCAGCUUUGAAUCGUUGGAACCUGUGUUGCCUUAGUGAUGAAUUAACCUAUGAUUUAACUCCAGUGGAGUCCAUUGCCUCUGAGCUGGCUGGGGAGGCUUGGUUGCUCUGCUUUGAUGAGAUGCAGUUGGCAGACUUUGCCUCCACUCGUCUCCUGGAAGGAGUGUUCCGUAAAAUGUUGGAAAAUGGCACAGUCAUUGUAACAACAUCUAACAGAUCCCCAAGUGAACUUGGAACAUCAUCAUUUGGACGUGAAACAGAAGCUUUAGAUUCUGUGACAUCCCUUGUAGGUUUGCUAACAAAGCAUUGCGAGCUGGCUGCAAUGGAUUCAGAAAAAGAUUACAGAGUGUACCAAAAACGUGGAACACAAAGUUAUUUUAGCCCUCUCACUCCCCAGACAGAAAAAGAAUUUGACGCAGCAUUUUGCCAGGCAGUUGGGCGUGGCCUUCGACUUUCGUCAGUUUCUCUUCCAGUCUAUGGUCGGAGAGUGAUUGUCCCUGUUGCUUCGGAGAAUGGCGUAGCCAGAUUCUCUUUCAAUGAGCUGUGCAAGUCACCGCUGGGGCCAGCUGACUACAUCACAAUCUGUAAUGCCUUCCACACAGUUUUUCUGGAAGACAUCCCGCAAAUGAACAUUUACCAAAAGAAUGAAGCCCGGCGCUUUUUGAGUUUUGUGGAUGCUGCCUAUGAGAGUAAAGUGAAGGUAUUUUGCACUGCAGGCAGCUCUCCAGAUGAGUUGUUCCAACUGAUUCCAAGUAAUGAUCUUCUCGAAGACAAGAUGCACGUUGAAAUGAUUGGAGAACUGGCUUAUGAUCUUCAGCUGACACAACUCGAUUUAAACUCACUUGGAAUCUUAACUGGUGAGGAGGAAAUCUUCUCCUUCAAGCGUUGCAUCUCACGCCUGAAAGAAAUGCAGAGCGAACUGUAUCAGAUGCAGAAGCAUCGCCGUCAAACUUUCUCUCCCUACUUAGGUUCGUUUGAGGAACGUUUGCAAUCAGAAAAUCGGCGUCGGGAACGUGAGCACAAGAGACGUCUGAAAAUCCUUGAUGAAGCCUCGGAACUAGAAGACAGUGGCGCUCCUCGGGAAUUACCACUGACACCACUCACAGGUGGCUCCUCAGACUGGGCAGACGAGGCAAGCUACAUCUCAUGGAGUAAUGACAUCAUGAGGAAGGAAAUGCAAGAUUUGGAAAGGAAGAGAAAAGGAGAUUUGUUGAAGAAACACGAUGCGCCGAAAUUCAGUGAAGAGCACUUCUGGGGUUUUGGCUGGUGGGAAAAGGUUAUGGGAAGAAGGAGGAGUAAAGUCAAAGAAAGCAAUGAACACAAUGACCAACCAAAGUAAUAGAAAUAUAUCAUUCAAGUCUUUCCAGCGCCACACCACAAGUACCCACAUUCCCAUUUCACAACUUAGCUUUGUUUACAAUUACAGCCAUCCACACAAUCAAAAUGUGAUUUGUUAAAUUCUCUGACCCACUUUGGCUGCCCUCAAACCCCAUUAGUCCAUACUAACUUUUUUAAACCAAAAAAGUUGUAACCUCAGUCAGCAUCUCUGAGAGAUUGCAAACCACACACCUUUUACUAUAUCACCAAGUUAAAUUUGCAACGUUAUUUUUUAUUAAUUAUUGGCAACAAAAAUUUUAUUGAAUGGGCUUUUUUCUAUAAAUGUCUGAAAUGUGGAUAGAGGUAAUGCUAAAUGUUGCUUUUAUGAAAAAUUUUAGGAUAGGUCACUAAACAAAAUUUUGAGAUAAAUACUGGUCUUGCGUUACAUCUCCCUCUUAUUUUGUAGGUUUUAAAAGUUGUGUGCACACAGCUAACAUCUCUGGAGCACAAACGACACUCAACAGGCAAAUAUUUUUCUCACAUGUGAAUAAGUCGCACGCACAACCUACUUUAUCUUGUUCUGUUUCUCGCGAACAUUGCAUCCUUGGAGUUAUGUUUAAGAAUGUUAUAAAUGGUUAAUCUGUUUUCAGUUUUAAAACUGUCACUGUAGAUCCACUAUAGCCAAAAAAA